AUGAUAUGGGUGUAUUUCAUGAGGGAAAGAUCCGAAGUAUUCACUAUUUUCAAGAGAUUCAAGAGCAUGGUGGAAAAGCAAAGUGGGCACCACAUAAAGUCUUUGAGAAAUGAUAAUGGCAAAGAAUAUAGCUCUAAGGAGUUUGACAAUUUUUGUGAAGAAGAAGGUGUAGAAAGGCAACUUACAGUGGGUUAUACUUCACAACAAAAUGGAGUAUCCGAAAGAAAGAAUCAAACAGUGAUGGAAAUGGCCAAAUCUAUGAUGCAUGAAAAAGGGUUAUCAAAGAAUUUUUCAGCUGAAGCUGUUUACAUAGCAGUUAAUUAUGAGAUAAUGAUUGAAGAAUUUCGAAAUGACAUGAUGGAAAGAUAUGAAAUGAGUGACAUGGGUUUGUUGAAUCACUUUCUUGGAAUUGAAUUCUAUCAAGUUGAAGAUGGAGUAUUUAUUUCUCAAAAGAAAUAUACUGAAAAUAUUUUAAUGAAAUUUGGCAUGAGUGGUUGUAAGCCCAUGGCCACACCACUAGUUGUAAAUGAAAACUUACAAAGGAAGAUGGAGAGAAAAGAAGUUGAUGGUUCGUUGUAUAGAAGCUUGGUUGGAAAUUUGUUGUAUCUUAUAGCUACAAGGCUGAAUAUAAUGUAUGCUGCAAGUCUACUUUCUAGCUUUAUGAAUAAUCCCAGCCAAAAUCAUCUUGGUGCUGCAAAACGAGUUUUGAGAUAUAUUCAAGGCAUAACCAGCUAUGGUAUCAAGUAUUGCAAAUAUUCAACUGUGAAAUUGUUUGGUUUUUGUGAUAGUGAUUGGGGUGGCUACACUGAUGAUAUGAAAAGCACCUCUGGGUAUGCACUUUCCUUGGGUUUUGGAGUAUUUUCUUGGUCAUCAAAAAAGUAA